AUGCCCUCUGUGGUGGACAAAGCAAGUCAAAUAUCCUUGCAUCGAAAACAAUCCGCCUUCAAAAAGAGUUAUCAUUCUGGAAAGGAGUAUCUGGCCAAGUUCUGCUAUCAAUUCAAUUUCCCUUCAAUCACUCCUGCCCAUCGUCUGGUUUACCAGCGAUCGGAUAUGCCUCGGUCCGGCCAAGAUAAACAAGCUAUUGUAACUAGAAACAAGAGGUCUUCCGAGUCUCCUGAGCCCACUGAGCAUCGAUACUCACGACCGAAACAGUCGACUGGUGGAUCAAAUACAUCUCAGGUCAGAAAGGACCAGGAGAGCGGUCAGGGCCGUCGAGGUUCUCCUGCCUCUAAAAGCGGUCAAGCCAAUCCAUCCGCUCCCAGUCGCCGCUUGAAGGUUGCUAAAGACUGCACAAAUCUUCUCAGCGUGCCUUUACCCAUCAGUGGCGGAAGGAAAGCCGCCGAUACCAAAGAACCCGACGUCAAGCCUACGAACACAUCGGCGGCGUACUUGGAUUACUGCUUCAACAAAGAAGUCAAACGACGUAAGCAGAACCUCGUUGACAAUUUGAUGGCUGUAAUCGCGGAAUGUGUUGAACAAAGACUGGAGGCACUCGAAGAAGAGUGCGAUCAAAGCACAGGAUCGCGUUCUUCUUCUGGCGCUGUUCAGACUGGAAAGCCAAUCCCUCGUUCGGCCGGCCAGAAACGGUCAAAUGACCACAGCAGCCGGGAUGAAAGCGAGAAUGACGAAGACAAAGACGAGGACAGUUCCAGAAGGAAGCGGGAUAACAAGCGGACCAAAACAACGAAAGAGGAUACACGUCCUCGAUUUGCGUGCCCUUAUCAUCAGUAUGAUCCUGCGAGGUUCGGAAGCGAGAGAACGUGCUGUGGCCCAGGAUGGAUUAGCAUCUCACGUGUAAAGGAGCAUCUAGAACGUAAGCAUGCUUUGCCUCCUCACCAGUGCCUCAGAUGCCUACGCCGCUUCGACGAGGCCGAGGCCUUGAAGAAACACCAACGAGAGAAGAAACCAUGUCCAGUCAAAGAAUCAGAUGGUUUUAAACGAGAUCUCUCUGAUGGAUACGACGAAGAACAGGCGAAGAAACUGAAGGGAAGACUGAGAAUGCCGCCCACCACAAAGUGGAGGGAGUGGUAUAGCAUCCUGUUCAAUGUCAAACCCGAUUCCCCUGAAAUUCCUUCACCAUAUUAUGAUUCUUCUCGUCCUGGCGCCAAAACCCCCUGCAUUAAACUUGAUGAAGUAGAACACUGGCGCGAAUACUGGGACCAAGCAAAACCGGCAGUCCGUCACCACGUCACCAAAACGGUAGAUGAGGCAUUCGGUGACUUUGUACCUCAAAUCAAGGGCGAGGUGAUGCAGCGUCUACAAGAGUUACCUCGCAUACUUGCAGAGCUGCUCCCUUUCCCAGGUCUUAACUCCGAGGAAACCUCUUCAGCAACCGAUACCAUUGGGCUCUUCGACUGUUUCAACUCUUUUGACCCCAAUGUCUAUGAUGGGGAAAAUUUCGACUUCAGCGUACUUGAUAACGAAAUUGGCAUCCAGAAUCAGCUCCAGCUGGGGUUCACUGAGUCUUCAGAUUCUUCAGAUACAUAUCUGGCUGGCGACAGCUCAGGCACCUCUGUGGGAGAUGAUACGGCAUACCAGCAAUUUGACUUCAAGCCCACGAUGUUGAUACAGAAUAUUGACUACAAUAUUCCGCCCAGUACACAAUUUCAUUAA